AUGCUGAGGUUGAUAACAGACUAUACAGAACCAUGUCCAAGCGUGCCGGACUUCACGUUGGAUCCAGAGGUGACGAACCAUCUGCAAAGUGACACAGGACUGCUGAAGGGGAUGAUGCAUUACCACCAGCACUGUAUGAUGCCUGCUGCAUGGGACAUUCUGACACAAUUCCUUACUUCAUCUAUGUCAAUGUCUGAGAUGGAUGACAUGCUUGUAUCUUAUCUUGGCGAUAGAUACCAUGAAGAUGACUGGGUGGAACCUCGACGUCUCUUAUUCUCCGGCGAUGGAAACGACGCUGAAUCUUUGAGGAACCUCAAACUCUCUCAAGAAGAUUGUUCCGUGGGUACCUCUGCAUCAAGGACCAACGGUUCCUUGUCAAGCUCGCCUGUUCGAAAGUUGCUUAUGCGACCAAAAGCUACAAAUUCUACCUCCAAGAUUGGGGAGGAGGAGAUGGAGAGUGGAUGGACACUCACGCAUUUGAAAAUCACUAAGAAUUCCUUUAUCCUCGAUAUGGCCAAGGUUGGGGAUGAUGAUGAGGAGGAGGAGGGGGGGAGGAGGGGGGAGGGCUAUGGGGAUGGCACAUCUGUGGGGUCUGCGAUGGUUACGCGCUUGGCAAGACCGUUGGCAACACAGAACGCUGCUCGUCACAAGGCUGCGAGAAUGCCACUCACGGAGUUCCCGAAGCCAGGAUGUAUCUGGUUCACGUUCAAAGAACUACCACUGAAUAUGUCACCUCACACCUUCGAAAGAAAGGAUUCCCGUGACCGUAUCAGCUUGGGCAGCUGGCCAGCUUACACUCUCGUCACGGAGGAAGAACGUGGAGCUGUAGAGCGUUCACAGUCCGAAUUUCCUAACCCAGCGUGGGUGAGGGUUAAGAACGGCCCGUACAGGGGCGAUACAGCGCUGGUCUUCGAACAGUUACCAAAUGGUAUCGUCGCGAUCUUAAUUGUUUCGCGAGACAUGCCCUAUGCCAUGCCUGGCAGAACUCGGGCGUUGGUUGAGCAAUCUCGCCUCCCAAAGAACAAGACUGUGUCUGAUGUCAUUCAUGACGAUCAAGUGGUAGGGUGGAAGUUUAAAGGUGAAAGCUACUACUGGGGCUCCUUCUGA